UCAUCUUCUUAUUCUUUUCUUCGUCUCCUUUGUCAACUUGACAAGUUCAAAUCAAUAGAAUGGAAACCCAUGAAUAUAAAUCAACCAUUUUGUGACAAAAUCAAUACCAUUCAUCGUCUUGAACGCCCUUACCACCUUCUCUGAUCAGAAACUUUCUUUGAUUUCGCUAAAGUCUCAGACAAUGUUCGAUUUGAAGAAACCUCAUUUCCGUAGGCAUACUAAACAAGAUGCAGUUAACCCUGGCCAAACCAGCCAUUCAGGUUCCAGUCCCCCCUUAGGUUCAAAUGACAAGAACAUUAAAUCCUCAAACACUGUCUCUUCUGAGCCUACCCAAGAUGCCAGAGCCAACUUAUUCGAUGAUGGUGGGAAGCAAGCCUCUUCACAAUCUGGUUUUUUAUCUGCCCGAAACAAAUACAAGAAUGAUUUUAAGGAUACGGGAGGGUUAGAUAAUCAGUCAGUGCAAGAAUUGGAAAGUUAUGCAGGAUAUAAGAGUGAAGAAACCACAAAGACAGUUAAUAGCUGCUUGAAAAUUGCGGAAGACAUGAGGGAGACUGCUACCAAGACUAUGAUUGAGUUGCAUGAUCAAGGCGAAAAACUUACUCGCACACAUAUGGCUGCAGCUGACAUUGAUCAUGAUCUUAGCAGGGGUGAGAAGCUUAUGGGGAGUCUUGGAGGAAUGUUCUCAAAAACAUGGAAGCCAACUAAAAACCGUCCAAUCUCAGGGCCUACCAUAACAAGAGACGAGGUCCAGAGAAAAGGUGAUCAUCUACAGCAGCGUGAGAAACUUGGAUUGACAGCUACAUCAAAGGCAAAUUCAAACGCUCGAACAACAUAUGCCGAGCCUACGGAUGUUUACCAGAAAAUUGAGGUGGAGAAAUCAAAGCAGGACGAUUCACUUUCUGAAUUGAGCAGUGUAUUGGAUAGCCUCAAGGACAUGGCUGUCGACAUGGGUUCUGAAAUCGAUAGACAAAAUAAAGCACUGGAUCCUUUCGCGGAUGACAUUGAUGAGCUGAACUCUCGAGUGAAAGGUGUGUCCCAACGCGGCCGACGUCUACUGGGAAAGUAGUCGGAAGAAGCUCGGAAUGACUUUUAUUGAUGUUGGUGGUGAAGUUAUUGUUGUCUGAACACUUGUUAUUUAUAAACAUGAUUAUAUGAACUGUUUUCCUUCCAUAAGACAUAUUACAGAUAAACUUAUAAUUAUGUCAUUGUUGUUAUUUGUAUGUUGAAAUAAUAUUAUUGACUUCCAACAUAAUACCACCAUUAAACAUUUAAGCGUUAUUACAUAUAUUGAUCCGCUGAAAGGUGUAAUCAAUGUUUGUUUUUAUGUAGUUGAAAUAUUAAAAUGAAUUUUUUGUUUGUCAUUUAAGUUU